CACUGUAUAGAGAGAAAGCGAGAGGCGAGGGGGAGAGAGGGAGAUCAGGAGGCUUUUGUUUGGUCGAGAGUCCACAAACUCCACCAAGGCCCAAUCACGGAGCCUCUGCUUUCUUUAACCGCGCUCCCCUCCCCUCCCCUCCCACGGUGGAGGCCGAAUCAUCCCUGCCCUGCCCACUUCGGCAUCCGCCGGAGCCGAUACCACCCCCACCACCACCGCGGCCGCGGCAUAAAUACCGCCCCCGCUGCCACUGCCACUCCCCCUCCCUUCUGGAAUUGCUCCGCGCCCACUCCCCCUCUCUCCUCCUCCUCUGCCUUUGGAAUCUUGGUCGGGCUGGCAGAGAUGAUGAAGCAGGAGUCGUGGAUGGAGGUGCUGCCGGUGCCGCCGGCGCCCUACUUCGCGGGCCAGGCAGGCGGCUGGUUCCUGCAGGACCAGCGGGGCGGGGCGUGGUCGCCGGCGGAGAACAAGCUCUUCGAGGAAGCGCUCGCGCGGGUCGACUGCGACGCGCCGGACCGGUGGGAGCGGGUGGCGUCUCUGCUGCCCGGCAAGACGGUGGCGGACGUCAUGACGCACUACGACGACCUGGAGAACGACGUGUGCUUCAUCGAGGCGGGCCUCGUCCCCUUCCCCCACUACAACGCCAACGCCGGCUCCCCGGCCUCCGGAUUCACCCUCGACUGGGACGGCGGCGGCGACCUGGCGUUCAAGCGCUCCUGCUACAUGGUGGGAGGCAACGGCGGCAAGCGCGGGCGCGGCUCGGAGCAGGAGCGCAAGAAGGGCGUGCCAUGGACAGAGGAGGAGCACAAGCUCUUCUUGAUGGGCCUGAAGAAGUACGGGCGAGGGGACUGGCGGAACAUCUCGCGCAACUACGUGACGAGCCGGACGCCGACGCAGGUGGCCAGCCACGCGCAGAAGUACUUCAUCCGGCUCAACUCCGGCGGCAAGGACAAGCGGCGCUCCAGCAUCCACGACAUCACCACCGUCAACAUUCCCGACGACGACCACGCCAGCAACAGCAACCCCUCGCCGUCGCCGCCCUCCGCGGUCACGGCCAGCUCCACCCACUCCUCGGAGCAGUUCGGCGUGCUCGUCGACAGCAAGCCGCAUCCCCUCGGCCACCACUUCACGCCCCAUCUCUACGGCAGCGUGAAGCUCGAGGCCAGCAGCAACGGCGGCUACCACGGCAACGGUGGCCGCAUCGACGACGCUGUUCUGAUGCAGAUGCAAUGCGGCCAGCUCCAGCCCCUCGGUUGACCACGGUUCCUUGGAGCAGCAACCGGCCCAGCCGCCAUCGGAGAAAGCCGGGCGUGGUCGAGGGCACGUGCCCUUGGUUCCAGCCAGCAGAGAUCAUCCAUGUAGCAGCGCACCGGACGGAGAGGGAGGGAGCAUGAGGCAUGAGCAGCAGCAGCAGGAUGGAUACGGAAUUUUUUACCCCACCUUUUGGCCUCUGUGUACAUAACACCACGCCCACGGUGAAAUAAUUGAUUAAUAUUCGAUUUGGUAGUAGUACGUACUUACGUACUGUUUAAUCUCCCGAGCCAUGGGAGACGUGCUACUACUAGUAGGUGAGUACUAGCUGCUACUAGUAGCACAGGAGGAGUACACUGCUGGUCAGUUAGUGUCGUGCAUGUGGUAGUACUAGUAGAGUAGUAGCAUUUGGACAGCAGCCGCAUACCGGCUUGGCGCUCGUUCUUUUUCCUCCUUGUUGUAGCGUUCUCAUUCAUCUUAUUAAGUUGCUCGAGGGUAUUAGCAUCGGUCACCCUCUCAUUGACCCCUGCUACACUAAUGAUGAUGAACUUCAUGUUAAUUAUUA